ACGCGGCGUGCGCUCGGCGCGCGGUGUUCGCCGCUCAGUAGUCCGCGAUACGCGCGCCCGAGUCGACGUCCGUCCGCCGGAGAUUGCGUGAAACCCGUGCGCGAGUGAUAUUAUAUAUAUAUAUAUAUAUAUUGUGUUUGUGUUUUUGUAGAGUUUUAGAAUUUUUCGGUUUUGGCCGCCGUGACUAUAAGUUCGGUUCACGAGUCGAAGACGCGCCGGCGGCGGGCCGUUUCCGUCGGCGUUCUCGACGGUCGUCGCCGUUAUGAUUAUGAUGCGCCGGCCGACGGCCACGACGACGAAGACGACGACGGUGAGGCACCAGCUACGGACGGGUUCGGCCGGCUGAGCGCGAUGAAGUCCGCCGCUUGGAUCCCGGCCGCGGCCGUCGUACUGGUCGCCCUGUGCGCCCCUCGGCCAGGACUAUGUGAUCUAACCGGAAGUCCUCCGACAAUAUGGGUAGACCGGAAUUGGGUGGUCGACUCCACGGCGCCCGUCGGCACGGUGGUGGCCCGGGUUCGCGUAUCCGACGUCGGCAACGAGACGGUCCUGAUGUACGGGCUGGAACACUCGACGGGCUUCAACAUCGUCCAAGAGAACGAGGACCCGUUGCCGUUCACCAUCGACGAGAACGGAAGAGUCACCACAAACACGUCUCUGACGAACAAGGAGGGAAAAAAUAUUUACCUGUACGUGACGAUCAACGACGGACACUUAACGUCCAAGACGCAAGUAUGGGCGAAAGUGGAAGGACCCGGCGGUGGUGGCAGGAAUAAGCCGAGUAGCGGAGGACUUCCGACAAACUUCUUGUCAUCGCAGUUCCGACCACCACCCCCGCCGUCGAUACCAAUCAACGGGGCUGGAGGCAGUUUUCCGGGCGUUGUUUUCACGCCUCCUAACAAACUUCUACCCCCUGGACCGGCCAGGACGACGCCGCCCCGGCCGACGAACAAAGUUCCUACGGCGAAGCCAACGACGCCCACAGUCGUUGCCACGCAAAAGACAGUAGCUGCUGAUAUACCCGUCGCCGAGGCCUCCACGUCGCCGACCGCGGUCGUCAGCACAGUCACCUCGACCGUGGUAACCGAUGCAGCCGUAAAAGCGGUAAACAACUCCACCACCACAGAGUCAGCGCCCAGCACCGUCGCAACCGCGGCCGCUACCACCGCCCGGCUCGGCGACACAAGAAACGUAACAGAACCAGCGCUCACCCCUCCCACGGUGACCACCCAGCAACCCGUUCAGAAUAACCUGGUCUUGGCCCUGGUACCCAUUGUGAUUGCUACAGUCUUCCUGACCACGGCUGGCGUGCUAGCCUGUUUGUUCCGAAAAAGACUGUUUUCCUCCAAAGUCAAGUCUAAAAAAGUAAAUUCGAUUGGGAAAAAGAAGAGCUCCAGAUCUGACGACCCGAUGGUCAUGCACCACUGGAGCGGGCCACGGGCUUUCACCAGAUACGAGAGCUGGGGCUCGGAUCCGUCGACCAAUGGGCAGUACAUCGGCGGCAAGGAAUCGGCGAUCAAAGAAGGCGACCCGUGGGAGAUACCCAGGCACCACGUGCGCGUGUGCUCGAUACUCGGAGAGGGUAGUUUUGGCCAAGUCUGGAAGUGCGAGGCGUACAACGUCAUGGGGUUCAAGGGCAACAUGGUGGUCGCGGUAAAGACGCUCAAGGACAACGCCGGUGAACGCGAACGACUCGACCUGGUACAGGAACUGCAGGUGAUGAAAUCGCUGGAGCCACAUCCGCACGUCGUAAAACUCUUGGGAUGUUGUUCGGAGAGAGAUCCCUUAUUCGUCGUUAUGGAGUACGCGAAAUUGGGCAAACUCCAGAGCGUGUUGCGGAACUCUCGUGGCGCAAACUACUACACGAAUACGCACGGGCCGAGUUCGUUGACGUCGCACGAACUCAUUAUGUUCUGCUAUCAGAUCGCCAAAGGAAUGGACUUCUUGUCGUCGAAAGGGAUCAUACACAGGGACCUGGCGGCCCGGAACAUACUGGUGACGGAGGAACGGGCGUGCAAGAUCUCCGACUUCGGGUUCGCGCGGGACGUGGCCAGCAGCCGGGUGUACGAGCGCAAGUCCGAGGGCCGUCUGCCCAUCCGGUGGAUGGCGCCGGAGUCGCUGUUCGACAACAUGUACUCGGCCAAGUCGGACGCAUGGUCGUUCGGCGUGCUCAUGUGGGAGAUCGUGACGCUCGGCUCGACGCCGUACCCGGGCGUGGCCGCGGCGGACGUCAUGAAGCGCAUCCGGGACGGUUACCGGCUGGACAAGCCGCAGCACUGCCGGCGCGAGGUGUACAACAUCAUGUUCUACUGCUGGGACAAGUGUCCGGACGACCGGCCCGACUUCGCCGAGCUCAUGGGGCUGCUUGACAAGCUGCUGGUCGACGAGACCGACUACAUACAGCUCGACCGGUUCCCGGACAACGCGUACUACAACAUCACCACGUGCAUCAGUGGCGAGCGCCUGUGACGGGACUCCUAUAGCGCCGUCGCCGACGCCAUCACUUCCGCCCGGAAGUGGAUGACCGGCUGUAGCGACGACGGCUGUGCAGUCGUUUCCGUUUAUCAUAAUAAUAAUAAUAUUUUAUUGUACAUUGUCUAUUAUGCCCACGUAUUUCGGUGGUCGAUCGUCUAAGAAUAAAAUUAAAAUUAUUAAAAAAAAAACACUUUCGUAGUAGCUGCAAGUAUGUUGUAUAGGUAGGUACGGCACGAUAAAAAUGUUUAUUACGAUUUUUCGACAUCCGGCCAGGCGGCACACAAUGCAACAAUAAAACUGCGUGUGAUCGCGCUUUAUACGAGAAUUUAUCAGUUGUGUAAUAUUAUUAUUGUAUGUAUUUUUUUUUACUUUCAUUGUCUAUAAAAUAAAAUGAUAUUACGCCGCUUAUUGAAUGUACAUAAUAUAUUAUGUUAAGAAUUUAAAACUUCGUCGACGUCGUUUAUUUAGUUUUCACGACGUACGCCCUUCUUAUUGCUCAUAAUAAUACCUAUGUUAUAAUAAUUAUUAUACAAAUAUACGAUGAUGUCUGGAUAUAUAGAUCGAAACGAAUAUUUAUAUCAUUACGAAAAAUGGCGUAUUUCGUUGUUUUUUUUUUCUUGAAAAGAAAAUCACUAGUCUUUUUUUUUUAAUUUUUGUACUUACCAUCGCGACUGUAUUACUGUAAAAGUACCUUAUUUGUAUUUAAGUCAUGUUUUUCUGCAAACGUUAUUAAUUGAUAUACUAUAUAUAGGUAUUAUAUUAUUAUGUAGGAAUGUUAUAUUAUUUUGCGCGGAAAAUACGAUCAUAAUAUGCUAUCAUAAUAUAUAUUAUAUUUGUUAUAAUUGUAGUAUUAUGAUAAUCCAUUAUUUAGUACCGAAAAUAUAUUUAUUCAUAAUAUUGUAUCCAUCAAUUAUUGUAAAACAAUAUAUAGUUGCAAAGUAUACUCGAUUUUAUGGUAUAUAUAUAUUUUUUUUUUUAAAUCAUAAUUAUUAUAAUAAAAUUGUGUUAUUUAUAUUUUGUGCCCGGUUAUUUGA